AUGUCUCAGAGAACUGCGAAUUUUUUAGGGCUAACCAGUUAUUAUCGCUGUUUUAUUGCGAAUUUUACGACCAUCGCGGCCCUCAUGACAAAACUGACAACAAAGGCGGCAUCCAAAAUACCUUUUAAAUGGUCUGAGGAGUGUGAAAAUUCGUUUAUAGAACUAAAACGUCAGCUAUGUUCGGCACCAUUACUAGCCUAUCCCCAAUUUGAUCGUGAGUUCACUCUUUACACCGACGCUUCGGAUGUCGGUUUAGGCGUUGUUCUCUCCCAGUAUGAUGACAAUGGCAUAGAAAGAGUUGUUGCAUACGCCUCUCGUAGCCUUACACCACGCGAACGCAACUAUGCCACCACCGAAAUAGAAGCUUUGGCAAUUCAUUAUGGCACGCAAUAUUUUCGCCUUUACCUCUUAGGCCGUAAAUUCACAAUAGUAACAGACCACAAUGCACUUCGUUGGCUCAAUACCAUUAAACCAAAAGGCCGCAUAGCACGCUGGUUGAUGGAUUUACUAGAGUUUGAAUUUUUGAUUCAUCAUAGAGCGGGAAAAUCUCAUUGCAAUGCAGACACGUUAAGCCGCCUAGUAAACAAAAAGUGUGAUGGAGCAAACGAAACCUCAGUCUCUU